GGGCGCGCCAGCAGCGGCACGUGACGUGGGCGCGGUGACGUGGCCGGGGGCGCGGAUCCCGCUUCUGCUUUUCCCGCGGUCCAGGCCGUGGGGGCUGGAGAUCGUUCUGCGGCCCGGAGGCCCCCGCUGUCCCGCCAUGGCGCGUCUCUGGGUGUGCGCGGCCGGUGCCGCCGUGCUCGUCGCCCUUGCGGCCCUGCACUCGCGUUUCCGCGGCUCUCCGGUCUUGAGGAGCUUUACUUUCCAAACUGCCUGGAGAACUGAGGAAGUUCUUUACCGGCUGGAUGUGAAUUGGCCUGAGUAUUCAGAAUACUUUACCGGAGCAACGUUUUGUGUAGCAGUGGACCCCCUCAACGGCCUGGUUUACGUCGCCCAACGAGGGGAUAACAUCCCAAAGGUAUUAGUGUUCACAGAGGAUGGAUAUUUCCUGCGGGCCUGGAAUCACACAGUUGACACACCUCAUGGUAUAUUUGCAGCCAGCGCACUACAUGAACAGUCCGUCUGGAUCACAGAUGUAGGAAGUGGGUCCUACGGUCACACUGUUAAGAAAUACAAUUCCUUUGGUGAUCUUGUUCAAGUCUUGGGUACCCCAGGCAAAAAAGGUACUGGUUUGAAUCCUCUGCAAUUUGAUAAUCCGGCAGAAUUAUAUGUAGAGGACACGGGAGAUAUUUACAUUGUGGACGGAGAUGGAGGAUUGAAUAACAGACUGAUCAAAUUGUCCCCAGAUUUCCAGAUACUCUGGCUACAUGGAGAAAACGGGACAGGGCCUGCAAAGUUCAAUAUACCUCACAGUGUUACAGUUGAUUCAGCUGGUCGGGUGUGGGUGGCUGACCGAGGGAAUAAAAGAAUUCAAGUAUUUGAUAAAGUCACCGGGGAGUGGUUAGGAGCGUGGAGUGACUGCUUCUCAGAGGAGGGGCCUUCCUCGGUCAGAUUCUCUCCCGACGGGAAGUACCUGAUCGCAGCCCAGCUGCGGCUCAGCAGGCUGGUGUUGGUGGCAGCGCCCCCCGUCGGAAGCCUUGGCCACUGCGCCGUGAUCAGCACCGUCCAGCUCGCAGACCAAGUCCUGCCUCACCUGUUGGACGUCAGUGGGGAGAGCGGAGCCGUCUAUGUAGCAGAGAUCGGAGCAAGACAAGUACAGAAAUACGUCCCUUUGAAUAGCUAGUUCCCUCGCGCCCUUCCUAAUGUUUCUCUUCCUGGGGACCUCAAGUAACGGGGACUUUGGGUUCUCGGAUCUGAUGUUGAGGGCUUAACGUGCUGCUCAAACCCAGGGCUUUGUCUCCUUGUUUUCACCUGACCUGUAACCAGCUUUAUUUUCACACACGAGGAAUCCUGUUUUGUUGUCAUUCUUGUUGACUCGGUUCUGUCUGUGACUGCCCAGGAUGUCUAGUGGAGGAAAUGUAACUCAAAAACGGGCAGGGAAGAGGAGGACUGAGGUUGUAACCUAGGUAUUUAUCCUGGGAGACUAAUUCUCCCCAGGGUGGGGUGGGCGACAGGGGUAAAAAGAGGUGUGCAGGGUCAUUUAUUGAAUUUCAUGUGAAAUUUCACAUGAAGAACCGCAAGCUUCCAAUUUGUUCACCUUGUAUGAAAUGAACUGCUUCAGAGAGCAAGUCCGCUGGGCUGUUGGUCUCACGGGGUCAAAGUUGAAGAGGCAGAGUCUGCCUGUGCCUGUCUGUUCAGUGGCUGUGUCCAGCAGGGGACAUGUACAGACAGCGCGCCACGGCAGUCAUGUGCAAGGGCCCCGGGGCUUGGGAAGGGGAGCCUCAGUCGGACAGAAUCAUGAGACUGUCGGGCGAGGCUGUCCAAGCUCCAGCUUGAGAAACAGGAGGAGAAAGCAGCACGGCCCAAGGAGAGACGUUAGAAAAGGUGUUGAACUCGCUUCCCUCUGAAAGCCCAGGUUGGCUUUGGGCCUUGAGCUGCAAGGUACUUACUGUCCAGCCCGAAGUGCAGGAAUACAGUGGCAGGAACCCACGCACUUCACUGAAAGGGCCUUUAUAGGUAAUAAUGGGAAUGAUUUUAUUCAAGGCAGCAUUGGAAAUAGGGCCUCUUUGGGGCACAUCUUUCCUCCUCCCUUUUUUUAAAUUGUGAAUCAAGUUCAUUCCUAACAUUUGUCUACCUCAGAGAAGUUUUAGAUUAUUUACAUGGAAUGUGUGCCAAACAUUGAGCUAUAAAGAUGAAUAAUUUCCCAACUUUUUACUUCUGCAUCUCUUCUUUACCCCUUUGAUCUGAAUACUGGCUUUGCUUCCCAGUCAAGACCGUGUUUUCAGUUUGUUCUUGUUUAGUCUAGAUUUAGGUGGGACUUGCCACAUUACCACCUUUCAGAUCAUUCUGCUCUCGGAUCAGCCCCCCUCGCUGGCCUGGUGUCAGACCGUCAAUCGUGUAGCGCGGGGGGCAUCUUGAGCUGACUUCCCUCACCCCCGUCGCCACUGGAGGCUGUGUGCCAGCCCUCCAAGAACUCACCCUUGUUUGGGUGCUUGGAUCCUGUCUUCCUGCAGUUAGAAAGGCAAACCUGCCCAAGGGAAGCCCCAUCCGGUGCCCCAAGGCCGUUGAUAAGUAUGUCUGUGCCACCGAUCAAGCUGUGUGAUCUUCAGUGAAUCUUAGUUUUUGUCAUUGUCUUAACUUCUUCAAGAAUGUUGCGAGGAUUACGUGUGUAACAGGUACAAGUGUGCUCUGAAAUCUGUAGCUCCUGGUACAUUAAAGGCAUUUUAUUAGCAAAGGCCCUCCUACAUAUGCUGUUCACUUGAUACCAGCUAUCAGGUUUGCCUUGAUUUUGCAUUUAUUGCUUUUACCAAAAUGUAUCCUUAUUCAUGAGCUUUAUGCAUUUUAGCCAAUAUAAUAAAUAGAUUUGGGUGAGAGUAAUUUGGUAUUUUAUUUGUUUUGUUCUGUUUUUAAGCCAGAACAAGAAAUGCACAUGUCAUUUGAGGGAAUGCAGGUUAGGUAAACUAAUCUUGUCAUUUAAAAAUGUUGUAUUUAACAUUGUUUUAUAUUCUUAUAAAACCUGCUGAAAAUAUUGUUUCCAUAUAUUUUUCUAAAAGUGUUUGUUUUAUUGAAAUACCUGUAAUCAUAGAAUUUUACUUUUUUCCUUUGGAUUAACUGAUUAAAUGAAAUGUGUUGUAUUUUCUAUUUAAAAAUGCAAGUUAAAAUUUUGGAAAGAAAAGACAGUAUUAUCUGUACCUCCAUGUAAAGUUUGAUUUUGUUGUUAUUAAAACAGUUUAUAACUUCUUACUCAAGUGAAGAAUUUAAACGCUCAUGAAAUCACAGGUUAACCAAGAGAAUGUCCCCCCCUGUUCACAGCACUUCAGGCUGACGUGCAUAAGUAUUGCUAAUGCAUACCUAGAAGACUUGAACGGCUGGUGGGUACAGAUAAUACUGAUAACCAGCUAACUUUAUAUUUUUGCUUUAGAAAUAGAACUUCUUUAUGCAUCUACUUUGUAGGUCUGUUCUGGGCAGAGGGUGUUGAAAUCAGAAAACCAAAGGUUGCAGGUACUUACCUAGCCUCCACUGUGACAUGGGUCUCUAAAGUGGAAUUUCGUCCAUCAGAGGAAACGUGUGUGCGGUCUGCUAGUGUCCUAAGACCUGUGUGACUUGUUCUUAGGUUAUGUGACAGGUUAAGACCCACUUCAAGUCGUGUGGCUGUUAGGCUGAAGGCAAGAAAUGCCAGCCUUUGUUUCGCUUUUGUUGGUUUGGAACGUUGGAUUUUAAAUCAGGAGAGAUUGGACAGCCAACAUUAAAGCUGGAGCGUGUCAGGGUUCUGCUCCUUAGACUCCAAAAUCAAUCAGAAUCAUUUUUAAAGUGUCCUAAAUUUAUGACUUUUAAGUUGUUUUACUCCUAAAGAAAAAACAAGUCAGAGAAAAGCAGAUUUAUUCGUUCAGCAAAAGUGUAUGAAACAACAAAUGUAUGCAAGGACAUGGCGGGUGUCCUCUGCACUGGUAACUGGUAUCUAGUUGGGCAAACGGCCAAGCAACCCAUUACCUCUCAGUUCAUCCCUGGAGGUGCCCUGUUUAUACUUGUGUUACAUUCUUGAUCCAGAAGAGGGCAGUAGAGCCCCACUUAAGAUAACAUUUCUUGAAAUCACACUUCAGCAUGUCGGCCUUCUUUACACUUUAAUUUUUUUUUAAUUGAGGUUAGUGUUUGCCAUUCUUUUACUUUUUCUUUUUCUUCAGCUUGCUUGCAUCUUGGGGAAAUUGGUGCAUAGGUUACAUAUUUUCCAAGCAUUGCUGGAAAUUUUUACUGUUUAACUGAACAUUCCCAAGUUUUAAAAAAAGGUUAAACUUUUUUAGUAAUUCAUACUAACAGCCAGGAGUGAAUAGUUCAUUUUAAACUAUAGCCAUACUAUGAGUUUAGUGCAAUAGAAAAUGCACUAUUUUCUAUUAGCCAGGAACUAUUCUUUUUCCCCCUACCAGUUAGUUAGUUAGUUAUUAACAAUUUUGCCAUAUGGUUGCUGACUUUUUUACAAAUAAGUAAAAUGGAUUAUUUACAGAGAGGCCAAGUCAUUUCUCUACCAGGAACUUUCUCACAGAUUCCAUGAAUUUGUAGAGUCAGUUAAUCCUCUAAACAUUUAAUCACAUGUAGAUAGUCAAUAUGUGUGUAAGAACUGAGUGGGACUUGGACAAUGAAAAAUAGUAUUUUUGAAACUUUUCUCCCCUUCUAAACAGUGAAACAAUAUUGUUGUGAUUUAAUUUUGCCUCUGUAAUUCAUAAAGAUGUGACACUUGAAAAAAGCAUGCUUUAAGUAGGUGAGUCUUGAAUAAAAUGUUUAAAAAGUAGAUUGAAUUCCAUGUAUCACAAACAAGUUCAUAUAAAAUGCUUCUUAGUUUUCAAUCUCUUCACCACUUUGUUCUCAAAGAAAGAAAAUUUUAGUAGCAUGGUCCAAAUCUCAGAUUCAUUCUUCAGCAGAAUUGGUUACUAUAAUAUGUGUCAUGGAAAUUUUUUUCCAUAGGACUUUUAUGUACAAAUGGUUGAAAUGACCAAAGUUAAAUGUUUUUGUACUAUUUUUCUUCAUAGUAUGUGUGCAUAAGUAUUUUAAUGUUUUGAUUCUUACUGUAUUUACCUGAAAUACUAAUUUUUACGUAACUAAAGGGAUUUAGAAACUA